GGUCAAAUCAGCGGGUCAAAUGUGAACAGAAACCCGUGUGAAAAUGGAAGGAGAAGCAGCUCCUCCAAACAUCUUGGCUGCAAGUAAAGCAGGAUAUGUCCUGAGUAAUGUUGCCGAAGUCGUUGAGAGGAUUCUGACAUUUGUGCCAACUAAAACUCUCUUUCGGAUAGCAAGUGUUUGCAGGCUAUGGAGGAACUGUGCACGCCGAGUCCUGAGGACCCAGCAGAGAUUGACUUGGCUCUCAGCCACUGGCUCAUCUAUGUAUCAGGAGCAUGUUUUGUUUAGAACUAUGGCAGAAGACUUGCAGAAUAUCUACAUGCUACCCCAGAUAGCUCUCUUAAUGGUAGAUGGGGAGAACUUUAAUGGGCCUGUUAGUUUCAGACACAAAAAGGCCAGGAAGUGUGAAGAUGAAGUGGAGUCAGACCCUGUUGAGAAGUUGAGAUGCUUACUGCCUAGCAGCUGUGACAUAUUAGGCCUUGUCGCACCAGGAAUUGUGGUGACCCCCAGUGGUUUGCCUAGCAGCCCCCCGCAGGAGCAUGAGGAGGGGGAAGCUGGCUACAGUCUCCUUUUUCCUGCAAUGGAUGGGGUCAGCAUCCGGCCUUUCCACUUCUGCAAAAAGAGCCUCAGUGAAACAACAAUGGAGGAAGCUGGGUUGAUUAACAACCCCGAUUUAAAGGUGGUGCUGUUGUUUGACUAUGAGACCUAUAAACCUGGAGGUGGACGCUUUCUUAACACGCUACUGGAACCCCUUUCCCAAAGUAAUGUACUUAUUGUUGGAGGACAAGUGGAAAGAGUAUUUUCCAGUGAUGUUACCUGCUGUUCUCCAGGUUCUUUUGGGGCAGUUGGACUGACCUUUAGUGGCUCCAGGAUCCAGGGUGCCUCAGUAUUGGUGGAGCAGGAUGUAAGUAGCUCCAAAGCAGCAGAGGCCACAAUACAGCGGCUGAAGGCUGCCAAUAUCCCAGAGAGAAACACCAUUGGCUUCAUGUUUGCGUGUGUGGGGCGUGGCCACAACAGCUAUAAUAACCAGCGCAACGUGGAGGCUAACGCCUUCCGGAAAAUCUUCUCCAACGUUCCACUUUUAGGAUUCUUUGGAAAUGGAGAGAUCGGCUGUGACCGCAUUGUCAAAGAGAACUACACAUUGAGUGAGACUGAUGCUGAAGGACUACAACACUCUUUUACAACAGUGAUGAGUCUGGUGCAUUUUGGCUAACACACACUCAAACAUGCAGAGACAGUAAUGCUUUGCAAGGGGCCAGGCAAACCCUAGUUAACGUGGAGUUUUUGGGAAACUUUUGGGAGUUUUUCAACAUCAUAUUUACAAGACUGCAAUAUAAUAGCAGCUGCCAUGAACUAAAAAUGGCUGAUGCGAACACUGGAAGUGUUGUGUAUAUAAGUUUUGGUGAUGUCAUUAAAAUAUAAUUGAAGAGCUUCAGAGAGCAAAAAAAUGAGUGUCUGUAAGAGAAAUUUCAACAUGCCUGUUUUGAUGUCUGAAAUGCUGUAGCCUUACAAGUUUGGUAAAAACUUUGGUUACAGAAAAGUUGUGAAGAAGAAUAUAAUUUAGUUUGAAUGGCACGGUGCUAAACCUUGGCAUUUAACUUCACUUCACUUCAAUACUGUAUGUAUGUAAUACUUUGGGUAGAGCAGAACCAAAUCUGUAAACUGAUAAGGAGAGUUUUCAUGUGGGCUGUUGGCUCACUCAAGCCUUAGAUACAAAUAGAUUGUAAAGAAAAAUAUUAAGGCACUUUUGGGAUUUUCUUUUAUGAUGGAAUGAUAAUGAAGUAGUCAUUCAUCAACAUUGGUACUAGUGGAAUUACAGUACUAUAACUUCUGGUCCUUUUGUAGAAAGAUGUAAUCUGAAUAGAUGCACUCCAGACUGAUCCACUGCUUGUAUUCAAUAACAAGCACUAUUAACCCUUAAAGGAAACUGCAAGAAUUUAAAUAUAUGCUAUGGAUUGUGAGUUGGCAUUAAAACGGUUUCUAUGGCAGGGUAAGAAUAGAUUAACCAUAUCAGCGCAUAUAUGUAUAUGCAGCAAUGUAUAUGACUUGUAACCUGUUGUAAAUGACCAGAUGAGUAUAAUAAAUGGCAGAAGUGAAAAAGUGGAUUUCCUUUGGAAUGUCAUUUUGUAUUUAUUCUGCCUGCCACAUCAAAAAUUCCCCUCACUAUGCUAAAUCCAUCAAGGUAAUUCUUAAAUGGAUUAGUGUCCAUUGAUGACUAAAACCAAAAUAGUUGAAUUCCUCUGCUUCCUUAGUUUCAACAGGGCACACCUUUUUUCGGUAUCAUCAAUAGAACUUGUGUUGCUAAUUAACCUUUUUAUUAAAGCGUUCAUCUUCUGUCUACUUGCUAAAUAAUAUUCUGUUGAUCACAGAGAUUAGUGAAAUCUCAAAGGGUCUUCUGGCUGCAUUGUUCGGUUCAUGAGAUAUUGGUUUGAACAUUUUAAAGUUUGGUUCAAAAAGUUCAGUGUUGAUGCCAAAUCUCUCAUUUUUGUCAACCUUUGUUCAGGUGUUGUAUUUGUACUGGUUAUCUCUGGCCAUUUCUGUGGGUCAAAUGAAGAGUUGGCUUUACUACAGUCAUGUGUUUUAUGGCAGUUUGUCUACUGUGAUGCUCAAUUUAGUCACCCAGAUGUCUGCAUUUACUGUAUGUGAUCUGAGCAAAGCACAUGUCCAUAAUAAAAUCAAU